GCUCCCGGGCUACACUCGCCCGCCUUUGCUCUCCAGCUCUCGCGCCCGCUCCACGCGCUGCAGCCAUGCGUUCCGGAGUCCCGAGAGCGCCCGCGCUGCGACUCCUCGCGCUGAGCGCGCUGCUGUGGCCGCCGACCAGCGCCUGGGAGCUCACUAUUCUGCACACCAACGACAUGCACAGCCGGCUGGAGCAGACCAGCGAGGACUCGGGCAAGUGCGUCAACGCCAGCCUCUGCGUGGGCGGCGUGGCACGGCUCUUCACCAAAGUGAAGCAGAUCCGCGCGGCCGAACCCAACGUGCUGCUGCUGGACGCCGGCGACCAGUACCAGGGCACCAUCUGGUUCACCGUGUACAAGGGCGCAGAGGUGGUGCACUUCAUGAACGCCCUGAGUUACGACGCGAUGGCACUGGGAAAUCAUGAAUUUGAUAAUGGUGUAGAAGGACUGAUAGAUCCACUUCUCAAAGGGGUCAAAUUUCCAAUUCUGAGUGCUAACAUUAAAGCAAAGGAGCCUCUGGCAUCUCAAAUAUCAGGAUUUUAUUUGCCACAUAAAAUUCUUACUGUUGGUGAUGAAAAGGUGGGAAUUGUUGGAUACACUUCAAAAGAGACCCCUAUUCUCUCAAAUCCAGGAAAUAAUUUAGUGUUUGAAGAUGAAAUCACUGCAUUGCAGCCUGAAGUAAAUAAGCUAAGAACACUAAAUGUGAACAAAAUUAUUGCGCUGGGACACUCCGGUUUUGAAAUGGAUAAACUCAUUGCUCAGAAAGUGAGGGGUGUGGACGUUGUGGUAGGAGGACACUCCAACACGUUUCUUUAUACAGGCCAUCCACCUUCCAAAGAGGUACCUGCUGGGAAGUACCCAUUCAUAGUCACCUCUGAGGAUGGGCGGAAGGUUCCUGUGGUCCAGGCUUAUGCUUUUGGCAAAUACCUGGGCUACUUGAAGGUAAAGUUUGAUGAAAAAGGAGAUGUUGUCAGUUCACAUGGAAAUCCCCUUCUUCUAAACAGCAGCAUUCCUGAAGAUCCAAGCAUAAAAGCAGACAUUAACAAAUGGAGGGUAAAAUUAGAUAAUUUUUCCACCCAGGAAUUGGGGAAAACAAUUGUAUAUUUGGAUGGUACCACUGAAUCAUGCCGUUUUAAAGAAUGCAACAUGGGCAACUUGAUUUGUGAUGCUGUGAUUAACAACAACCUUAGACAUCCAGAUGAAAUGUCCUGGAACCACGUGUCCAUGUGUAUUAUCAACGGAGGUGGAAUUAGGUCACCCAUUGAUGAGCGAAACAAUGGCACAAUUACCUGGGAGAACCUGGCUGCUGUGCUGCCCUUUGGAGGCACCUUUGACCUGGUCCAGUUAAAAGGCUCCACCCUGAAGAAGGCCUUUGAACACAGCGUGCACCGCCACGGUCAGUCCACGGGAGAGUUCCUGCAGGUGGGCGGAAUCCAUGUGGUUUAUGACCUUUCCCGAGAACCUGGAGACAGAGUGGUCAGCAUAGAUGUUCUUUGCACCCAGUGUCGAGUGCCCAGUUAUGAGCCUCUCAAAAUGGAUGAGAAUUAUAAGGUGAUUCUCCCAAACUUCCUUGCUAAAGGUGGAGAUGGAUACCAUAUGAUAAAAGAUGAAUUACUGAAACAUGACUCUGGUGACCAAGAUAUCAAUGUGGUCUCUGGAUACAUCUUAAAAAUGAAGGUAAUUUAUCCAGCAGUUGAAGGUCGGAUCAAGUUUUCUGCAGGAAGUCACUGCCAAGGAAACUUUCCUUUAAUAGCUCUUUUAUUUUUGGCAGUAAGCCUUGUUUUGUAUCAAUAGCCAAAAAAUCUCCUUCCCAUUAAUGCCUGAAACUGCAUUUUUUUUCCAAGGGAGGUUCAAAUCUGCAUCUUAGGACCUGGCUUUGUGAUAGCUCACCGACACCUGGAAGUUGAAACUUACAGCAUUAAAAGGAAGAGACUGACAUCAUCACUUAGGGUCAGCAACUUAGGGAACAGCCAGAAAAGUAAAUUAAAACAGGGCCCUAUGAGGGGAAGGCCAGCCAUCUUUAGUUUACACAUCCAAAUUUUUAUAAAAUUUUAUUAAAAAUUUAAACUAUAGGAAUCAUUUCCUAUAUACAUUCUAAUCCAUCAAGCAACUUAUAUUUACAUAGACCUUUAUAAUUUACAAGGUAUUUUUAAAUACAUUGAUAUCCACAGCUUUCUUUGGUGGGUAAGGCAGGUGUUACUUUUCUCAUUUUACAGAUGAGAAAACUGAAGCUCAGAAAGAGGUUCACUUGUUUAAGGUCAUACAACUAGGGCUUGGACCUAGGUCCUUUCACCUCAAAUCCAGCAUUUUUCAGCUAUAUCAAGUUCCUGUACAGAGUGAUAUUUAAUAGUGUCCUCCCUUCAUAACUAGCAGUGGUCCCAAACUCAUGGAUGACUAAUCUCUGCUUUAUUUCUGGUCUCUAUUUUUGUUUUCCUUUAUAAACUCCUGUUGUUAUCUUUUGUUUAAUGGACUGAAGCAUUCUCUCUUAAAUCACCCAUGUGCCUUUGAUGUAUCAGGGAACAAACUGUGUGCAACAGAUAAUGGGAAAGGUCAGGCUGCAAACUGCUGUCAGGGAGAACGGAAGAAAGGAGAGAGAAGAACCGGACACCCAGGAUAGAUUCACAUUAUGGAAGAGAAAGAGCUUGAGGACAUCUGGAUUUGUAGAAUAUUGGAUAUGGAUUAGCAACAUGAUUCUAAUCAGCUGAUCUAAUCAGCUCUGUCUCUUCUCUUUCCUUUUCCCUAAAGUGAAGGUACCAUGAGAAGAGAAUCUUCUAAGAUGAGCCAUAAUUCCAAAUCUGCAAUUGCCUCUCCCUAGCAAAAUGCCAGUACUACACUUAUCCCAGUCACACCAAAUACACACAUACACACUUAGGGAAAUCCAGAGGAGAUUUUUGGUGAUAUUCACAUUGAUAUUCAUAAGAUGUCAUUUAUAAGUCAGCUCUUAUCCCAACAAUCAUUCCAAGUCAUUCUCGAGUCCAGAUAUGAGAACCCCUGCCCAGAAGUGGGUCCCUCUUGGUGGGUGCUUAGGAAAUACCCAGACUGAUGAAAUGUUUUAUGCCCCAAAAAACAAAUACCUGUUUUGGAGGUAGCGGGACAUGUGAGCCUGUGCAACACCACACAAGUGAUUCAAUAAGGUGGGAUCCUUCACCUUAAAAAACUGGAAGCAAACAACAGCUUGAGGUUCAGAGGAGGGGUAUGUUUGUUCCUUACUGUUUACAAAUACUAAGUACGCAAUAUAAAAUAUACUUUUAAACUUCAUAGACUUUUUACAAAGAUUGCUGCUGUAAAAUAAUGCCCUUGAUUCUUUGUAUAUACAGAUUAACAAUAAAAAACAAAUGCCUAUAAGAUUAUAAGUGAAAAUUAGAGAAAGGUGCAUUUGGGAUAUAUUUUUAAGCUUGGCCAGUAAAAUAGGGUAAAUCCUAUUGGAUCAUAAUUUUUUUAAACAAAAUUUUUGUAAGUUUUCUAAAUUUGUGUCUAUGAAUUGUGCAGCGGUAUUUGAGAAAUGACCUUGAACCACUUUGCAAUUGUAGAUUUCAAACAAUAAAGUUGAAGAUACCUCCCUAGUC